UGUUCUUGAUGAGAGGAGGAACAGACUGACAUGUGACAAAGCAGAGAAGUUACUGUUCAUAAAGAAGAACCUGCCACUGUUCCUGAAGGAGCGUCCACUGCGUUUUUGCUGCUCUCAUUGUCACAGCAGUCAAGAUGAUGUGCACCAAGAUACUGACACUGCUUAGUUCACAUCCAUUACGGAGACUUCCAGCACAGACUUGUCUCACCUGCUUUACAAUUAUCCAGAAGGACAAGAGAGCUUGCAGUACAGUUUCGCUUGCAUCAGGAUCCUGUUUUAUCAAGACAGACUUUCAGAAACAGAGAAGGGGUUUGUCAGAUAUUCCUUACUAUGGUCUUAACAACAUGAGAUCUUUCAGCCUGAGUCCUGCAGGAAUAGUAAGUGCAGCUCCAGUGUCUGUUCAGCCGUACCUCCGCUUAAUGAGAUUGGACAAACCGAUUGGGACGUGGCUGUUGUAUCUGCCGUGUACAUGGAGCAUCGGGCUGGCAGCAGACCCGGGCUGUCUGCCUGACCUACACAUGCUUGCACUGUUUGGGGCUGGAGCUAUGCUGAUGAGAGGAGCGGGCUGCACCAUUAACGACAUGUGGGACAGAGACUUUGACAAGAAGGUGUCCCGGACGGCCAGGCGCCCCAUAGCUGCAGGACAGAUCUCCCAGUUCCAAGCACUGGUCUUCCUGGGAGGCCAGUUGAGCUUAGCACUGGGAGUCCUCUUAUGUCUCAACUAUUACAGCAUAGCCCUCGGUGCCGCCUCGUUAUCGCUAGUCGUCACCUAUCCUUUAAUGAAGAGAAUAACAUACUGGCCUCAGCUCGUCUUGGGUUUUACCUUUAACUGGGGAGCUUUGCUUGGCUGGUCAGCCGUGUUGGGAUCAUGUGACUGGUCAGUGUGUCUGCCUCUGUAUUUCUCUGGUGUGACGUGGACGCUGAUAUAUGACACCAUUUAUGCCCAUCAGGACAAAGAGGAUGAUGUUAAGUUGGGCGUGAAGUCCACAGCGCUGAGGUUCCUGGAAAACACCAAGCCCUGGCUGAGUGCCUUCGCUGUGGCCAUGCUGUCUGGGUUAAUACUGGCAGGCGCUAAUGCAGACCAGACAGUCCCGUACUACGUUGCUGUGUCUGCUGUUGCUCUUCAUCUAGCACGACAGAUUUAUUCUUUGGACAUCAACAAGCCUGAGGAUUGCUGGAAGAAAUUCGCCUCGAAUCGUAAUUUAGGACUUCUGUUAUUCUUAGGCAUAGUUCUUGGCAAUUUAUGGAAGAGAAUGGAAAGUCAGUAUGAAACAAUCAAUUUUCCUUCCUAGAUUAAAAAAAAAAACCUGUUUAUAUGUAAAUAAGAAUAUUUCAUUAUUCAUUUUAAAACAUUUAUUAAACCGUUAUAAUACUUCCUUAAAAAAAAAAAAAUCCAUGUACCAGUAGACAUUAAGAGACAAGUUGCAUCUACAUACACAAAAUCCUUACACCAUUUAAAGAUUUUUUUUUUUAUACAAGGAAUAAAAUAUAUAACAAUCCUAUGCAAGCUGAUCACUAAAUCAAUUCCAGUAAGUAGUUUUAGUAGUCUUAAAGAGAGCAGUAUAGAAGAUGCAGAACAAAAAACAAGGCACAGAAUUAAAAAAGAGAGAUCAAUAUCAUAUGUGAUGAAGGAAGGUGAGUGAAGAAUGUUUGUGAGGAGGUGGUCACGAAGAUGCGCGCUCCUCGUACGGAGAUUCAUAGACGUCCAUGGGGGGGCAGGUGCACACGAGAUGCUGGUCACCAUAGAUGUCAUCAAUCCUUGAAAUUGCAGGCCAAAACUUUGUUUCAGGUCUCACGAAAGGCUGCAACAGGACAAAGACAAUGUUGGUUCCAUUUGUAACGUAUGUAAAUGUUUUGUCGACUAUUCAAAAGGCAUAAUAUGCAUACCAUAGGGAAAGCAGCAGACUCCCGAGAAUAGGGUCUGUCCCAUGUGUUGGAGGCAAUGCAUCCCAGAGAAUGAGGUGCCAUCUGUGGGUGAGCAGAUCAGGUGAAAAUUAAUUUUCAAUCCAAAUUGCUUGAAACUGCCCUCAUUGAAUUCAGAAUUGAAUGCAGAACAUAUUUUAAUUCUGUAAAAAGUAUGUUUAUCCGUUCUUGAGAUAUUACAAAUCAAAGACUGAAAAAAAAAAAAAAGCUUUUUAGAAAACUGCUGUAAUAUUCUGUAUGAGGAUCACAUGGUCCAAAAUGGGCCUCAUUAACCAAUGAGAUCAAAUGUCUCUUAAUACCUUUUUUAAUUUUUCCAAGAUAUUUACAUGGAAAUUGGCAGGUGCAUAGAUGGUUGUAUACUGAAUACUAAUUUGCAUAAUCUGUAAUGCUAAUUAGGCAAAAAUGUUAUAUUGGUACACUUGCUUCUUCCAAGUUUCACCAAAUGCCUUUAUUUGUGCAAUAUAAACCUGAUCUUAACUCUCAUUUAUGCAUCACAAAGAAAAUCAAUUAUAAAAUGUGCAUAAAUAAGCAUUGAAUGUCGUUCACGUUUACCAUUCUCUAUCAAAAUACAAAAGUAUUUCUAAUCCCCUCUUUGUGCUCUGUAGGCCUUUGUAUUUCUCAGUAGGGCCUACUAGUGUUUGUAUGAAAGAAUAUAAAUGAUUCUUAUUUUGAUUAAUAUUCACAGCUUUCAAGACUAACUUAAAACAAACAAUCCCAAUUAAUUGAACUGAAAUGGACACUCGCGCUUCUGACUUCUGGUUUUUUUCCAAAUAUCAUUCCGACCAGACGGCACAGUGAUGUAGUGGUUAGCGCUGUCGCCUCACAGCAAGAAGGUCCGGGUUCGAGCCCCGUGGCCGGCGAGGGCCUUUCUGUGCGGAGUUUGCAUGUU